UCACAUUAAUUUAAACCGGCAUGAACCGGUACAAACUGGUUAUACCACCGGUCGUACCAUUCCACUUACUACUUUACUUUUGCAUAGGUUUGUUGAUUUAGGCCAUUGUCUGAAAGCCCAUUGUUCCCGUUAUCAUAUCCAGGCCCAAAAUAUCAUAAGAGCCCACAACAUUCAGAGCAAAGCUUCUGCCACCUGGACAAAGCCCAGCCCAAAAUCACCGUCACGUCAUCUCAAAUCUCAGCCGUCGAGUUUCACAACGGUUAGAAUUCACCCGAUGACGCAGAAACUGAGCAUCUCAUUCUCGCUCCGCCGUCGGCCACUAUGAGGCCCGAAACCCGACCCGGAGUACGCUAACAAUUAAUAUAAUAAUAAUACCCUUCUUCUCCUAGUGGGAACUGUUUCUAUCUGUCUUUCUCUCUUCAUAAAAAAAACCUAUUCAUAAUCUCACCCUUAACAGCUUCCUCCAUCGCUCGAUUCCGUCUCUUUCCCCUCCCUCACUCUCUCACUCUGGUUAUUUUUCCUUUCAGUCUGUUGACGAAAGUUCUGGACUUUUCCCUUCGCCAGCUGGCUUUGAAUUCAGAGACCGUGCCAUGUUUCUGAUCGAUUGGUUCUACGGAGUUCUGGCUUCCCUUGGUCUGUGGCAGAAGGAAGCGAAGAUCUUGUUCCUGGGUCUCGAUAAUGCCGGGAAGACAACUCUGCUUCACAUGUUGAAAGAUGAGAGGCUAGUUCAGCACCAACCGACCCAGUACCCAACUUCUGAAGAGCUAAGCAUUGGGAAAAUCAAGUUCAAAGCUUUCGAUUUGGGUGGUCAUCAGAUUGCUCGCCGAGUGUGGAAAGAUUAUUAUACUCAGGUGGAUGCAGUGGUGUACUUGGUAGACGCAUUCGACAAGGAAAGAUUUGCCGAGUCCAAAAAGGAACUCGAUGCACUCCUCUCUGACGAGUCACUGGCCACCGUCCCAUUCCUGAUACUCGGGAACAAGAUCGACCUACCAUACGCUGCCUCUGAAGACGAGCUUCGCUACCACAUGGGCCUCACCAACUUCACAACAGGGAAGGGGAGAGUUAACUUGGCUGAUACCAAUGUUCGGCCACUCGAGGUGUUCAUGUGCAGCAUCGUCCGGAAAAUGGGUUAUGGAGAAGGCUUCAGGUGGAUGUCUCAGUACAUCAAGUAGGGUUGAGGAAGGGUAUUUAGUGAAAACAGAGACUGGUUUGGUUUGGUUUCUCUGCUUGGUGCUUGGGCUUUUCUUAUAUACUUGAAUUUGGGUUAGUGUGGUUUCUUUUGUCGCUAGACAUUAUUGAUGGUAUUUUCUACUUUUCUUGUUCUUCUUUACGUCUCGUGGUAAAAAAAUGUAGCAUAUACAUAAGAUUAAAAGAGUUUUUGUUUAGGUCAAUAUGUCUGUAUCAUAUUCCCCAGAUAGUGCUUGAAGUAAUUUUCUAUUUGAGCCGGUCAUCUACUUGUUUCUCAUAAUCUUAUGCCUUAUUUAUAUGGUUUAGGCGUCACAACGGAACUGCAGCAAAUCUCAACUAUUGGACGCAAGGUUGUCAACCCGCGGGUUGACCCGGUUUGACUCGGACCCGAACACUAAAACGGGCGUCAUUCACCCGUCUAAGGGUUAGCCCGGAAAAGUCAAACCCGCCUUGACCCGGCAAAACCCGGCAAACCUCGACGGUUAACCCGAUUGUGACGGUUUGCGGGUUGGAGGCUGAUGCCAUUGUUCCUAGCAGCAGACCAGAGUCGCAGCAGCAAGCUUCCGCCGGCCCUAGGAAUCGUUCCAUCGUCCACGUCGCCGGCGCAAUCCAUCGACGCUGCUGGUGCCUUUCGCUUUCUUCCUCCUCCCACAAGACCAUAACUAGGUGAUGAAAGGAGAGUAGCGGAGGUGAGUGAAGAGGGAAUAGAGGUCACGGGAGCAUCGAUGAUUCAAACAAAGUUUUUUUGUGAUUUGAUGCGAUUCAAGCUGCAACAGCUGCUCUUUCACUUCUAAACACCCUGUAAUUCGAUCGAAGAAGGCAACGCCACAACGUUUGUUUUAGGGAUUGGGUCGAAGGAAUGGGGGAGGGCGGCCAAGUGAAUUGGGCCUAGGUCCAAUUUUAAGUAAACUUAAAUUAGGAUG